GAGCACUGCCGUUUGUUCUCCGAGAUGGCGGAGGAAAAGGAGAAGCAGACCUUCCUGCAGAAGCUGUUGUUCUAUACGACCGGGUUCUUCAUCCUCCUCAGCACCUUCAGCCUCUUUGCCUUCCUCUUCUUGGUCCCCUUCGUCAUCGACCCCGCCUUCACCACUAUAUUUAUGCAGUUCGACACUCGGCCAGCCUUGUGUAUCACCAUCGACGUUGAGUCCAGGAGAGGUACGAGCAACUGUUCAUGGACGUCCUGUAGAGAGGGUUGCACCAAGGAGUUGUACGAUUGCACGCAAAUACGCGUCAAUUAUAAGCUACCGAUUAACGCGUCCGAGGAUAGCGAUGACCAGGGUGAGGGAGGUGGAGCGGUAGGAGGUGUCGAGGAUGACGAAGAUAGCACAGGGACGGGAAAACCGCGUUACGAACGCUCCCUAAGGGAGUACGAGUACGUCGAAGACCUUGAGGAAGACUUCGCCGAGAACGAUGAAGCUGGACUGCCGACACCCUUUCCUACAGGGCGCAUGGGCAACGACUCCGAGUGGUACUUCACCGGGGCCAAGCUGUUCCCCAACGUAAAAGGCUGUGGAUACCCUCCAAUGCUGAAUUGCAGUAUUUUCUACGGGCAGUACACCAAAAUAGGGAAAAACUUUAGCUGUUACUAUUCGAAAGUGGAUCCCGGGAUAGUCAUCAGCGACCUCGACAUGUGGCAGGUGUACAUGAAUCUGGUGUACGCGAUGGCAAUUCCGAUACCGUCUUUCAUAAUCUCGGUGAUAUAUCUCACCAUCGCCUACUUCAAGAUUUACAACGAAGAAGAGGUGCCGGCUGUUGAGGAGGGCGAGGAGGUCGGUGAGGAUGAAGAUAGCAAUGCAACACCCCUGCCACUAACAAGCGGCGCCCUUACACCCGGCAGCGAAGCUUUCAGGGAAAACCUGGCGAGCUUCGGGCAUCACAUGAAAGUUGCCAUGGCCGACGACAUCAGCAGGGAAAGCCUGGAUGGGAUACCCAACUCGUACUCCAUUCAGGGAAACUUGAGCAAGACGAUGACGACGAGUAUCUCAACUCCUCCUGGGCCGACGGCAGCAGUCUGAAGCGGCACUUUCAAGGUCUGAACAACAUCACCUGGAAACCGCAUUAAAAGCGGGGGACUAACAAACAACGGAAGCCAGAAAGAGGCAAUGGGGUGGAGGGAGGAGAAGACGCGAGAAAAAUAAUUUUUUUCGAUGUAGCUUGUCCAAGUUGCCGACCGCAAAUAUAGCCAAUAUUCUCUCACCGACUACCGAAGAAAUGGAGAACGAAAGUUAAAAAGAUAACAAGAAAUAGGAAACCGCAACGGCGAUGUAACUUCAGGUAUUUCCACGGCGUGAACUAGCGGUGCACGGUGCUCAACGUACGAGUUCAAUAAGGAACGGGCGUCGAUUUGCGUCCAAUUAUUAAAAAAGAAAUAUAUACAUAUAUAAAAUACAAAUGUAAAAUUCGUCGGCGUUCUCUCCUUGACGCGAAAGGAAAUAAAUAAAUGGACACCGAUGACUAGGGGUGAUCCAGAAUGUCGGUUCUCGGCGAACAGAGUGUUUUAAUAUUAUACGCUACAACGCUAUCGCAUAAUACUGUCCCACAUUGUGUACGCGCUAAUUAUUAUCCAAUAGAGAUAUAACGAUAUUUUGUGACAGACUUUUUUCUACAUUACGACAACCGCCCGUUGGUCGUGAAUGCGUGCGAGAUACCGCGACCUCUGAUAAACUUCGCAAACUCGAUUAAUACGAUUAAUCCGUUCGGCGGCUCGUAUUCUUUUAGUCCGGCCGAUUGCGGCUAAUAAGAUCGAAAGAUCGGUCGCUUGGCGAGGAUCCAGAGAGGAAAUAUUACAAUUUGUAUUCGUUGCCGAUAUUCUGGCGCCUCUGGGGCCUCGUCGUGUCGCAAAGGGUACUUUCGAAACAUCGCCAGAGAUGAACAAAUUCGCAGGACAAAUUCCCCAAGCUACUCGAUGCCGUCAGAGAGCGAGAUAGAGAGGGUAGAUGCGAAUGAACCACCGACUUGGAAACCGUUCCGUUUCUGGAUUAUUGACGGUCUUCUUGACGGUUGAACAAGUUCGAGGAGAACGGCUCUCUAGAAACGUUGGGCAAACGUAGAAAUCGUAUAAACGCUCGAAUCGUUCCUCGGAUGCUUCAAGAGAUACGAUUCUAUAUUGGCCCCGUAUUAGCGAGAAAGCCGGAUCGAUUUUUGGACAGACCGUGUUGUAUUGCGUCAUACUAUACAGGGAAUAACGUAGGGGAUGUUUCAUAUAGUACUAGAGCUUUCCAAAAAAAAAAAAACGUUAUGCAAUAGUUUAUCGACGCCCUGUCGACAGUCCGGCUGCGUUUCUGCAUACAAUUCUGCGUAACCAUUCUUAUCGAUCUAUGUUGAUGAACACGAAAUGAAAGAGGCUAAGUUUUCUGCCGUGAGUCGUCCCAAUCGAUCCUCAGAGAAAUGCGUAAACAUAUGUAAUAAACCAAUGCGCGAACCGCUACCACCUCAUCGUGAUAGAAGUCGAGCGAAAGCAUUCCUGUCCAUUUUCCAAUAACACAAAAAACACUGAAGGAGAAGAGGAAGAAGAAGAAGAUGUUGAUCCUUUUUGCACAACUAAGCUAACUCUGGUUCACUCGAUCAAGAACGAACGAACGAGAUCGACAGAAAAACGCUGAAGAGGAGAGAAACCGAACAUGCGCGAUAAAACCGAUCGCGUUAAUUCAAGUGAACUAUCGUUUAACGAAUAAAUUAAUGAAUUAAGAAUACCGUUAACAGUUAACAAGUAUUAAUAAGAUAAUCUGCUUGCUGUGUGAUCAUGACGCGCAUUCGAGAUAUGCCACUUUCACGUACAUCGUAGGCGAAUCGAAAAUCACACUGUAUUAUCAACACAAGUACACCAGUAUCACUUACACAGGCACACGUACAUGUAACAAGUACACACGUCCGUUUCACUCUGCGACACAAACUCCUGUCCAAGUGUAUUCAUCAGGAGUUUCAUCGGUGAACUCUUAAAAUCGCGCUUCGGGGGCCACGCGUUGCCUCUUCUUUCAUCGAUUACUCGAUUUUCCACGUUUUUCCGGCAAGCGUACAAAGAGAAUACAUAGAGAUCACUCGUAGCAGGUAGAAAGAACGCGAUGAAGUUUUCGUUAUUGUUGCAAAGCUGAAGCAAAGUCUGAUUCAUGUAGAGACAUCCGAUCAUGUUCGACUCAUACUAGUGAACUUCCUUUGGUUCGUUUGUAUUCAAUGAGUGAGUGAUAAUACCGAGGGGUAUCAAUAAUCUUCAAUAAAUAUUUCAAUAUUUUUUAUAGAAUGUCAUGACUGAUAUUCGCUAGAUACAAAUAUUUAUGUCGAUUUCGAAUGCGUUUUGCAAUACCACUUUGACAAAUAACGUACGAUUCACACAUCACUCGCAUAAACGGAUAUUGUUCAGAUAGUAUGAGUACAGUGAAAAAAAAAACGUUAUACGAUAUAAUACUUUAUCGAGCUGGCAUCAGUCCUUUGUCAAUACCUAUACACAUAUACACGACGCAUAGCAUGUAUCAGUUCGAUCUGAAACAUAUUGUGCGACAUCACGAUACACGUUCGUGCCGGCGAAGAAUGUAAUUUUUCUGCGGUUGGAUCGGGUCAAGUUUGUCGAUUGGAAAAAAAUGGCAGGGAGCGAUCGUAUGUAUCUCCGUUGAAUAACGAAUAGUAGUGUCAGAAAUUACACGCGACCAUCAUUUAAAAUAAAAAUUUUGUAGACUGCUCAGCGAGUUCAAAGGAAACUCGCCUCUCUGCGUGCGAUACACGAAGGAAAACAAAAUGCCACUUGCAGGGAGGGUGAAACAAGUAACAGUACUUUUAUCGCGGCCUCGUUACCGCACGUAAAUCGAUAUAAGUGGCGCAGGACAGACGAACCUUCACCCCUGAGAUCGAUGGCAAAAUUGAUGCUCAAAGUAUUUUACCACUUUCCGUUGUUCACGUUUUUACCGCCAUACAAUUUCGUUUAUUUUUCUCUCUCUUUUCACUAUUUUUUAAUAGACGAUUUUUAAAAAUGAUUAUAGCUUUUGAAAAUUCGUGAAAGUGUCUAAUUAUAGAGCAUUAACCGUAACUAUUAUAUGUAUUCGAGCAUAAAUAUCGAAUGCUAAAAAUAAACUAACAAAUUCGUAUGAAACUUAACAAAGAAGAAUUAUACUAUUCGUGAUGCUAUAUUUUUAUGUGAUAUUAUUGUCCAGCGAAAUAUUGAUCAAACAGUUGUAGCUGGUGUGCCGAGAACCUUUCUACUUCUUUGCAACAUUUGAAAGCUCGAAAAAGCAAUAAAUUAUAUGAUUUGCCAUCGAUCUGCAAAAACAUGGAAGCAUACAAAAACAGUUAUCUGAUUUGCCUAAUCUUUCUUUCUUCGUAUCAGAGAAUAUAAUGCCUGAUCCAUGGAACAGUUAAAAUACGAAAUUUGCACGAUGGCCAAUUAUUGCAUAUGAAAUUAUGAAGUAAUCUUAAUGGUUCUCAUUGGACGCGAGCUCUUCUUAUUUUACGACCUGUUCUACGUACAAAAUGUAACGAACGCGUACAUAUACAUAAAAACAGAUACACAUGCAUACAAAGCUUGAAAACACCAUCUCACCAAACGAACAUGUGUGCACGCUGCACGAUGUUCACGAUUACACUUAUAAUCUAUGAAAAGAAAUAAUAAUUGAAUUGUUUUUAUGGAUUAAGAACAAGUUGUCUGUGAUCUACAAUAAUUAAAAAAAUAUUUAAUAAGUAUUAACAUGAUAAAUGCAUAAUUGACAUGUCGAUAAUGUCGAACGAAUCGAUAUAGAGAAUAAAUAAAUGAAUAUUAAUAGACAAAGGAAAAUAAGGAGAGAUAAAGGAAGCGAGUAUAAUGUUGGAUAGUGUCGAGACGAUAUCAUGAUAAUGAUUAGAGCAAUACGGUAGAAAAAUGAUGAUACAAACAAAAAAGGUGGAUCAUCGCAUUAACGGCGAUACCCGCGAGAGGAUUCUAGGAAAUGGUAUAUUAUAUAAAUACAUAUAUAAACAUUAAAAUAAUAAAAGAAAUAGAGAUUUGAAUUGGAGCACGCCGCGUCUAAAUAUUGCAAUCGCUGUUGUUAAUCAAUAAUAAUUCGCGAUAUUGUAUAAUGAAAAGAGAGAAAAAAAUAUCAAUUGUGCGUGCUGCGUUCGAAGUACCGACUAAAAUACCAAAAAAAUUAUAUAAAUAAAUAUAUAAAUAAAUAAAUAUAUAUAUACACACAUAUGUAUACACACAUAUAUACAUAUGUGUAUAUAUGGCACUUGACCGUCGCCGCUAAACAGAAGUACAUAGGAUAGGUAGAUUUAUAGAAGCGCAAAAAACACCAAAAAUCGUUCCUUCCACCCGCUCCGGCCGUGUAUUUGAUUAUCGAUUUUAAAUAUAUCGCAUCUCAUAUGAAGUCGAAGAAAAGUUCUGCGAACUUGGGAGUGUACUACAGAAUGCAAUUAGCGUGUCCUUUUACUGAUGCGGAGGAGAGAAUCUGAGUGUUAUACGAACGAAUAAAAAAAUAGGCGGUGGUAAAGAAAGAAGUAUAAAACAGUAUGGAGAAACGAAUGAAAGAAAAUAUGAUUAUGAUAUAAAAAAAAAAUGCCACAAUCACCGAGUAAUAAGUUGUUCAACGAGCGUUGCGAAAGAUGUUCGAGAUAAUUUUUGUACAGUUUUGGCACACACGAGAACGUGCAACAUCGUCGUCUUUAUAUUUAUGUACAACAUUCAAUUAUUAUAAAUUUUCGAUAUUAUUACAAACUAUGAUCGAUUUCGUGUGAAGGUGUAUAUGGCUUUUUCUGCGGUUAACAAUAAAAUGUUGUCAAAGCUUUUUCACGAGAUAUAUAUACAUACAUAUUUCACUCAAA